AUGUCCGGACGACCUGGCGCGGGCGAGGGCAUGUAUCAGCCGAUGUGCGACUGCAGGGAGUGCACGCUUCGUGUCAUCCAAGCCUUGAUGGCGCGAAGAGGACUCAACGGGCUCAGCGUAGACCACGAUCCGAUCUUAAAUGUGCCGCCGCCGAAGAAAUCGAACGCACGACGAGGUGAAGACGCGGCGAAGACGACUAAAGCGUCGACGUCUGCGUCCAAGGGUGUAAAGCAGACUGGAGCGUCGUCGUCGACGGAGCAGCGGCCGCCGUGCACGCGGCUGACAAAGGAAGGCGCGGAUAAGUUGGGCAAGACGAAAUGUAAGACGCUCGCGGCGGCGCUGGUCGCGGAGUGCGCGUCAUGUGUGAAGCGUAAGUUGAAGGGCAAACCGUUGCUAACGAAACGAGAGAUGUGGGCUAGUGCGUUGCGGCGAUUGAUGUAUGAGAAACGUCACGUCGACGAUGAAACGAUGAGAAAAAUAGUGGCAUGGGUUGGCGAGAACAAGGCAGAUAUGCGGCGUCCUGUUUGGUUGGAAGCAUCCAUCAAAGAACAUGGACUUAAGAGUUUUGCACCUGGUUACGUAACGCGCCUCGAGGCGUGUUGGCUCGCGUAUUGGUACGAUAGGUUCGAGUUGUUCAAGGUGUUGUAUGAUGAACUUGUGAACCAUGCACCUCAAUAUCGGCGGGCCGACGCGGAACUUUUGUUCAUGAUGGUGCUCACACGACCAAAUAUGCAAGCGAUGAACAAACGACGAAACAUUGUUUUCGAAGGGGCUCUAAAACUCGAAGGAAGUCCGACGUAUCUCGCGGAGAAGUUUGCACAACUUAUGAAGAUAGACCCGCGCAUCAAAUUUCUGGAUUGGUUGCGCGAACGAACGCAUUGGGGACGAGUCGACUCUCCAGUGGCGACUCAUGGUGACGCCUUUCUGUUUCAUUUGUUUGAAUCGAUGCGCGCACUGCACGAUUCAAUCUACAUUAACAAACAAAGUUACGAUGAUCUCGAUCGCGACAUCCUCGAAAGAUGGUUCAUGUUUCGCUAUCUUCAUCUUCAUAGAGACAGGCUGGGACUUAACCACCCGGAUCCAAAGAUGAGAACUGCAGUAAUGAGCACUGCAGUCGAGCUCUCGCUCGAGCUUGACUUGCCUGAAUCACUUUUCGUGCAACCCCUCCACGAGGAUUGGGGUCUUUUGUUUUUCACCCCCGCCGCCCCCGCCGGUUAUCCGGAAACCGUCUAUCGCUGCAUAGAUCAUUUGAAUCUGGACAUGCUCAAGUACGUCGUCGAGCAUGGUUAUAAAGAGUAUCCAGACAUUGUUCGCUUGAUGAAGGAACAAUUAAUCGAAGCCGUUGACAACGGUGAAAUGAUUAUGGAGAUGCUUGAGAACGACGAAGAGAACGCAUUUACCGAGGUUGAGAAGUUCAUCAUUUACUUUGAAACUCUUGAUACCGUCGCAAACGAAGACAAAAAACACAUUAACGCUCUGUACGAAAUCGUCGAAGAGCACAAAACAUCUUUGAGCGAAGGUGUGUUCAUCGGCGUCAUGAAGUACCUUCAGCGCCAACAUGACAAAGCUGCGGAGAAUGCAAAAGACCACCUCCUGCGCAACGAAAUCGACGGAAUUCUCUCGGAAAGAAACGCGAUGUUGAUGGCCGACAUGCCAUUCGCUGGCUUGUUCCGUCCCCUGUAGCCGCGGCUACAGCGGAACAGCCUGUCCGCGGCGAACAGCCUGUUUGCCUGUGAA